AUGCCUCCUGAAUUUGAGUUCUUGGGAGAGGAAGCUUCUCCCAGACAAGAACAACCAGCGCUCGAAGAAGAACCUAGACUCGACUCCUAUGCUGAGGUUCUCACUCGUCACUUGAGCCAUUAUGCACAACUGAUGAUGAGCAAGGGGAUUAUACCCACCGACGAAAUGUUUCAGUCAGAGGCUAGGCGUCUGUUGUUUGAUUCCGAGGAUCAAUGGAACCAGACCAUGGCGGACAAUCCUGAAUGGCUAGCUCAGUUUCAAGAGGAACAGAAUAGUCGGACUUUUCUUGAAUCUCCUCAAGAAACACGCAAGAUUGGGUAA